AUGACGUCCGCCUCACUGGCAGGCAUUUCAAUAUCACCUAUAAUGCCUACUGAACAUCUUCUAGAAGGAACAAUGGCUCCAGUUGGAAAUCAGCCACUGGAUAUUACACUUGCAUUCAUAUUCUCUACAAUUUCAGUCAUCGGUGUACUUGGCAACCUUUUAGUCAUCACUGUGGUUCUUAAAGUCAGAGGAAUGAAAACUCCGACGAAUUGCUAUUUAGUUUCUUUGGCAGCCAGUGACACAUUGUUCUUUUUCGCUUCAUUGCCUCACGAAAUGAUGUAUCUUCUCUUUCCCAGUGAUAAUUAUUUAUUUGGAAAAUUAGGAUGUGUUCUUCUGACCUACCUACCUUAUUUGGCCAUGAAUACAUCAAGUCUCUCGAUUCUAGCAUUUACAAUUGAGCGAUAUUAUGGAAUUUGCAAUCCAUAUAAAGCCAGAACCAUGUGUACUGUGAAACGCGCGACGUUCAUCAUCGCCGGUAUCUGGGCCUUCUCAAUGAUUUAUCACUCUUAUUGGCUAUUUUUGGCCACACUGAUUAAAGAUGAUAUCGGAACAUCUUGUAGUUUUCGAUUGGAGAGGAAUAGUAAUGCGUACAAGAUAGUGUUCCUUCUAGAUUUCGUUCUGUGGUACGUGCUGCCGAUUCUGUGCGACAUCAUCAUUUACGCUAAAAUCGGUAUCACUUUGAGUCAAUGUGGAGAUAAGAUUAAGAAAUCGGUGAAACCGAAAAUCUCAAACGAGGUGAUCAUCGAGAAGUCAAAGACAUCCUCCACUUCAAUGGGACAUUAUUCCGGAAGAGAUUCUCAUAUUUCUGGUAAACGGAAUUCGACAAGAGGAAAGAAUCAGGUUGUCAAAAUGUUGGCGAUCGUUGUUGCAGUUUUUGCAAUUUGUUGGCUUCCGUAUCGUGGAAUGGUUGUAUACAAUUCAUUUGUUUCCGAUCCAAAGUAUUCAUGGAGUCCCGAUUGGUACAUUAAUCUAUCGAAGACACUUGUAUUCAUCAAUUGUGCUAUUAAUCCAAUACUCUACAAUUUGAUGUCUGCAAGAUUUCGGGCUGCAUUCAAGUCACUGUUGUCCAAAAGGAAGAAUUCAGGAUUUAAGACUACUGCUCUCAGUCACCGUCACCGCUUGAAUACAAUGGAUAUAAUGUCAUCUGCCGAACCAAAAUCUCCACUGAUAACGUCAAUGACUGGAACUCCGUAA